GAGCGCGUCGCGUUGUGUUGUGUUAGUUUUAUGAUUUGUGUGAAUGUGUAUUUCUACUAGUCAUGACUGCUUACGACCACGGAUUGGCUCUCAAGUUGUGGAACUACAAUCAGAUGUCGAAGAAUGUGCACAGUGAUACGGACGAUGGUGCCUCUGCGAUGAUCUCCAGCGGCGUGGUGGUGGAAGGUCACGGGCUGCACUACCCUGCCUCUCACAUGUCCUUCGGUUCAAUCCCCCCGGUUCCUGAGUUCCUGCGACCUCUGCCCAAGCCGGCUCCUCUAGUCGCGCGGUACAACCAGAACCGUCCGGUCAGUCUUGUUCAGCACAAAGAAGAUGAGGACAACACCACCUUCCCGUCGAGUAUCUACAACUCUCGACUAUUCCCUCCUCCCCCUCCCUUCAGUCACUACCCUGGCCUUCAAGGACCCUACGGUAGCCUCUACCCGGCACACUACACUCCGUUCAGAGAGAGACAUCUACCUCCCAACCCGAACCCGAACCCUCCUCUGUCCCCUCUGGAGGCGUACCCUGGCCCGCAAAGUCCGAGGUAUAGCCAUAGUCCGCCCGAGACGCAAGUGAAAGGACAGAACUUGACGAAGGACAAGAAAUUCAAAGUUCCUUCCGGAAAGGAAGGGUCGCUGAAACACCGCAUCCUGACGAGGCCCGACACCAAGAGGAGACGACCUCAGUUGCCCUCUGUGCCUGAGGGAGUAGCUACUAACAACAAUGUGCCUAGCCCCAGCUUCAACAAGGGAUCGCUCAUACAACUGGCCAAUGGGGAACUCAGGAAGGUUGAGGACAUGAGGACAGAAGACUUCGUCAGCAGUGCUGAACGUUCCCCAGCGCUGAGGCUAGAUCCAUCCACCGUAGUACGGAUAGACACCAGCCCCUCCAACAAGGGAUACAACCUGCUGACUCUCAGCUACGGCGAGAACCGUAAUCAGGUGGAGUUCGAGUCGGCUGUCGGACACCCUUACUUCGUGUAUGGCCAGGGCUGGGCCUCGUGUGACCCGGACAAAACCUUGACGUUGUACGGUCUGCGUUGUCACCAACUCCAGGUCGGCGACAUCUGUAUUUCCCUGUCUCCUCGGGCCACCCCCGCCUCGGACUCCCCCGGGUCCCAGGGCAAGAAGAGACGAUGGUCCGCCCCAGACCAAUUCUGCUCCAAGAAGACCAAGGAGUGAACUCACCUAGUUAAAGGGUGAUCAAACUAACCAAGUCAACUAGCGACCCAUUUCGUUCAUACUCCCGUUUUCAAAAUAUAGUUGUUAGUGUACCUAUGUUCUAGAAGACAUUGCACAUCAAAAUUUAUUUAAGUGUCUGCAGGGUUUGAAAUAUUGUGAGAAUAAUUUUAGUACAGGACUGUAAGGAUUAAUGUUUUACAGUAAUUUUAGUUUCUGAUAAUUAUGGUUUGAUUUUUCUCUGUAACUAUUUAUGUAAAAUUUAUUGACUAUUGUUUUAAUUUGUCCUUUAAAUAUUAUCCCCUUAGUUACUUGGUGGUCAAUUCGUAUCAGAUAAGUAUCUUCUAAUAUAAACCUGUUUGAUACAAAUUGAUUUUGAUGGAGAAAAUACAUUUUAAUCUUAGUAAAUUUAUAGGACUAAAACCACAACAUUUGAAAUUUUCCUUGAAAAAGACAAUUAGGCAAGUAUUUGGUUGGUUAAUAUUAAUUUAUGUCUUCCAAAAGAGUUUAAUCAGGUAUUAAAAAUUAUUUUUCACAUUUCUGUUGCUGACACUCCGUGAAUUUUGUAAUUAGCAACUUGGAUCUCACUGAAAUGUGACAAGUGUCAAACGGACAUGAUUUUGUGUGAUUUAGUUUUAUACCCUUUGUGAUCUAAAUACCCUAACAUUAAGGUCUAGACUGAGUUAAACAAAUAGUUUAUUUAGCCUUUUCGGACUAUUUGCAUGAGACAUCAGUGUCUACUUGUUGAUUUCAAUAGUGUGCCAAAAUAAAAUAAUGAUUUCACUAACGGAAUAGCUUUUUUUUAAUAAGAAUAUUUCAAACCACUUUUUUGGGCCAUUCUUAUUUCAAAUCAUAUCUGUAUACUGUAUAUAUAUCCUGCAUUUUACCCCUGCUAUUGUGUGUUUUCAUGUAAACAGUCAAAACUAUUAUAAGCUUUAUUUUUAUAAGUAUACUUACAAUUGUAUAUUCAAUCAUAAUUAGAAUAAGAUUUUGGAUUUCAGUCACACCUGUAUGGUUAUAGCUUUCAGCAUUUAAAGAAACAGAUUAUCGCACCAUUUAAGAGUUAAAGAACAAUAUUUAUGAUUGUUAAGAUAUUAUUUUUUCAAUUGUUACUGUUUUGUAAAUAAAAGCUCACUAGUUUUAAUUGUAGAUCUUGUGUAAAGUAUUGACUGUACAAAUGUGCAUAUUUGUAAAAAAAACUGUUAAGGUCGUGAGAAACUGGUGUAAAAGAUAGGAAACAAGUCUUGGUUGAUUAUAAAAGUGAUUUUAUAAAAAGACUGACUUGUAAGUAUUUUAUAUAAGUGGAUCGGAAUAGACGCUGAUCAUUUUGGAGCGUUUCACUUAAUGAACGAGUCUUGGAGCAGUUCACUCGAGGAACAAGUCUUGGAAUGAUUCACUCGAUGAGAAGGUCUCAUAUUUUAAGAUUGAUCCACAAGUGUAUUAUUUUGAUCUCAUAAGAUUGCACACGUUGACUGAUAUCUUUUUUUGAAGUUUGUAUACAAUAAUCUUAGACAACUCGUUUAGUGUUUCAAUUUGACUUGUUUAUUUCACAUGUUAUGUUUGAUUUACUAUUUUACUUUGCCUACCCACAAAUGUUUGAGUUAUAUUUGACUUUAUGCUAGAACUUGUAGAGCAAAAACAUUGUAUCACUGUAUGUCUUGAGAAAAAUAUUUUUAUAAAUAAUUAUGUAAUCUUAAAUUCGUGUAGGGGCCUAGUUGUAGAUCUGUUAUUUUUCAAUAAAAGUUAUUUUCAAUUUCAUUGUAUGAAUAAGUGAAUUUAUAGUUCACCUGUUGGCCUGUUGGGGAGAAAUUUGAAUUUUUAUUUAUUGUGGAUGUUAACAACUAGUUCAAUAAGUGUUCCAUUCUUCUGACUUACACUCAGCUGAUAAUGCCAUAUGAUUGCACACUAUUGUCCAAUGUGCCAGCUUUUUUAAUCCUCCAUGUACACCCAGCUCUGUAAGUUUGAUAAUGAAUCUGCCAGGUCAGAAAUCGUUAAAUAGUAGGUAAAUUAAAACAAAUUUUAAAAGCUAAAAGAAAUUUUUCUUAAUUGUUAUUACUGUAGUUGGAACUAAUUGUAAAUUACAAGUUUAACACAAUUUAGUUUAGAUUCAGAUUCAGAGUUAGACAGGCAGAUUCAUAUUUUGUCUGGUUUUGUAUAUACAAAUGUGGCUGUAUAUAUAGUAUGUAGAGUAAUUCAUGGUGCUAUACAGGGUUGAUUCAUGUAACAAUUAAGUAAAUAUUACAGCUAAUCCUGCGGGCAAAAUAUUUCAACUUGGAAGGAAUUGUAGAUGAAAUAUUGCCUGAGUUAUUGACUUGUAAAACUGUUUUAAGAGUUCUAGUUCCAUAUUUCUUGCAGUACUUAAAUAGUCAUAAUAUGUAAAAAAGUAAAGUAAGUUAACCCUCAUUAAUCCAGACUAAUUCUGAUUUAAGCCAAGAUGAAUGAAAAACCCUAAUUGAUUAAAAUAAACUUAUACGUAAAUAAAUACCCUAGUACCUUUUGAGAACCCCUUGAAAUUGAUAAAACACCUUUUAUAAAAUUAAGGCAAAUCAAUUUAUUGAUUUUGAAUUUAAGAAUCUAUUAACUUCUCAGUUACUGUAACCAGUAGAUGGAAUCUUUGUAUUUUACACCUAACUUAGCUGUAUGCAAUAUUUACUUACUGCUGUCAAAUAGCUGUCUGGAUUAAGGUUAUUCCGUACCUGGAUCUGGAUUAAUGAGGAUUUAGUGAUUUACUAUACUGCUAUUGUUGGAUUUUUUUAUUAUUUGCGUAUAACUAGUACAGGUAAAAAUUAAAUUGAAAUCUUCUUCAUUUGGCAUAAUAUGAGUUCUAAUAGUCUACUUUUCUCAAAUAUGACACUCUAUCAAUUUAACACUUGGCAAUGUAUAUAUAUAAUAUUUUCAGCAAUUGCCUAAAUAAUGUUUUUUAUAAUACAAAUUUAUUCGUAAAUCUGUAAAAUGCUCUCUAAAAGUCCGCAGUUAGCAAUUAGGCCAGUUAGACAAUCUGCACUUAAUGCCAGCUAACACACAGAACAAUUUGUACUGUAACAGCUGUUUAUUGUCCAAUAUUGUUGAGAAACAGCUGAUCCAUAGUUGUCCUGUGUAUUAGCCUGGUCAGGCUAUGUUAUGCUAGGUUAAGUUAGUUAAGUCGAAAGUGCCUUUGUGCCAUUACGGAACAUACCUCACCAGAUUUGAAUUAAACAAAAUAUUCAAACAAUAAAGACAAAUUGUUUCUUCAA